AUGGGUAGUCCCACCUAUACACAAGAUGCUUCGAAUGAUCCACAAUGUUCCAGAAUAUUCCAGAACAUUCGAGAGUAUUCUGGAAUGUUCCACUAUGAUCUGAAUGAUUCGGUUGUUCCCGAACGUUCCAGAACUUCGAGAAUGUUGUGGAAACAUUUUGGAAUGUUGUGUAAUGCUCUCGAAUACUCUCGAAUGUUCUGGACUGUUCGAGAAAUUUCUAGAAAGCGAAACUUUCAGCCUUUAUAUCUUCAACAACACGUGAGUCAGAUAAAAACGGGAAACUUCAUCAUUGAUGAGGUGAAGAAAUUCAUAGAUGAUACAUUCUCAUUUAACUCAUCUGAAUUUUCUGAUCAGCUAAGAACUCCUGAUUUACCAAAUACUCUGCAAAUAUACCUGUUGGAAAGAGACGAAGGAAACAUGUUUGAAAAAAAUAUACUUUCAGAAGUAAAAUUGUUCGACGAAAUCAUACAUAAUAUAAAAUUAGAAACUGACGGAAAGACAAUACAAUAUACAGAUCUCUGCACACGUAAACACAAAAAAUGCUUUCAAAAUCCUAUUAUCGAAGUGAUAUCAGAAGUGGGAAUUGAUUCCAUACUACAAAAGAGAAAGAAGCUAAAAUACCCUGUAGAUAUAGAUUUGUUGUCUUUCAAUUAUAAACCCUAUUUUGCAAAUUUAGGGGGUGUAACAGAAGAUUAUCACAACUUCGUAGAAAAAGUAAAUGCCAUUCUGUUAUUAUAUGCAACUGAUGAUAAAAAUAAAGAAAAAAUCAAAUUAUUUGCAAAAUGGUUAGAUCAAGUUUAUGACAAAAUUCAAAAAUAUAAUUUCACGUAUAUCAAAGCUGUUCCAAGUUCUCUUUCAAUGAUAGAACAAGAGUUUCGAAAAGAAUUUGAUAGAACGAAACCAAAAAUUGGAGGUUUGGUCGCAAUUAUGAUUGUACUUUCGAUAUUUCUCAAUAUGAGCAAUAGCUGGGUAAAAAGUAAACCUCUUCUAGGAUUAGCAAGUGUGAUUAACGCUGGCCUGGCUGUAUCGUCGUCUUUUGGAUUAAUGGCUGCAUCGGGUGUUGAAUUCACUUACUGGAAUGCUACGAUUCCAUUCUUAGUUCUUGUUACCGAGAUAGAUGAUGCUUUCGUAUUAAUAGCAUGUUGGAGAAUCACUGAUCCCAAACAUUCAGUUGAAAAACGCAUGGAAGUAACAUAUGGAGAAGCAGGAGUUUCCAUUACUUUGACAUCACUCACUAAUUUCAUCUCGUAUUGCAUUGGAAUGAUGGCACCAUUUCCCUUCAUUCGAAUAUUCAGUUAUUAUACUGCAACUUGCGUCGCUUUGAAUUUUGUAUAUCAGAUAACGUUUUUCGGAGGAUGCUUGGCUAUGAGUGGAUAUAGAGAAGAGCGGAAUCUUUGUUCUAGAAAAUUUGUCAGAUGUGAACAAAAUGAUGAAGAUAACCAGAAUAAUAACGCCGAAGAAGAAGAAUUUACUAUGGCACAACAAAAUGAUGAAGAUAACCAGAAUAAUAACGCCGAAGAAGAAGAAUUUACUAUGGCACGUUUUAGAGAUUCAUUAGGAAAAAUAAUUUGUAAUCCGAUAGUGAAGAUAAGUAUAAUAAUAAUAUACAUCAUUAACUUAUCAUUCGGAAUAUGGGGCACAUUUCACAUGGAACAUGGUAUUAAGUAUGAACGUUUAUUUGCAAAAGACUCUCUAAUUACAGAAGGUUACGGUAUUAAUCUAAAGUACUUUAGACGUUAUUCAUAUCCGUUUCAGAUAAUUAUUAAUGAAACGUUGGAUUACUCAGAUAUAAAUGUACAAAAAUCGAUAGAAAAUCUGUUGACAAAAUUCGAGAAACAUCCAAAUAUCGCUAGGGAAGAAUUCACUGUGUCUUGGUUGAAAUUCUACAAAGAAUUUCAGAAAAGUCCCGUAGCAAAAUUUUCAUUACAAGGCUACAAUAUGUCAAACAAGCAGGACUUUAUCGAUGGACUUCGCGAUGUGUUCUUUAAUAUCCGAGCUGCUCAACCACUGUCUAAUGACAUCGUCUUUAAUAAGAACAAAACUGACAUCUUGUUCAGUAGAUUUUUUAUUAUGGGAAAAAAUUUGAAUUCUUCAUAUUCGGAAAGAGAUACAUUAAGAGAUUUAUUACAAAUUGCUGACGAAUCCGACAUUCCUGUACUUGUGCAUUGUAUUAUGUCAGGUCUUAUCGAGCAAGGAAUCAUCAUUGGAGAAAUGGUUCCACAAUUGUUUUGGAUUACUGCUAUAUUGAUAACAGCAGUAUUUCUAUUGUUUGUACCGAAUUUAUUAGUUGCAAUUACUGUUGCAAUAUCUGUCGUAUCUGCAAUGGUAGAAACAUUAGGUUAUAUGUCGUUUUGGAAAGUGAACUUGGAUAUUAUAUCAAUGAUGAGUCUUAUUCUGUGUGUGGGAUUCAGCUUGAAUUAUCCUGCUCAUAUUUCGUACGCAUAUGUCAUGUCACAAUGCGAAACACCAAACGAAAAACUAAAAGAUUCUUUGUAUCGUAUUGGUUUUCCAAUACUUCAAGGAUCAUUGACCACGGGAAUAGGAAUAUUGAUUUUAUAUUCUGAUGUAUAUUUUCUUUGCACAUUUGCGAAAAUUGUAAUACUUGUUGCUAUGGAAACGGCUUUUCAUGCUUUGCUUUUUAUUCCUGUUAUUCUUUCUAUCAUUUAUGCUAUUUUCAAUAAGUGA